GUGAGUUCAGUUUAGUUUGUUCGUUUCUAGUGUAUGAUUAGUGUAAGUGAAAAAUACAUGAUCUCUGGCAGUAUAACUGACUAUAAGCAUCUAGAUAUCCAGAGAGUGAAAAUGAGCAACCCUGAGGCCCCUAAAGAGACUUGUGCUCCACACGUAGUGAAAGAAGAGCUCCUGGCAGCAGGACAAUGGCUGAAGCUGGAGAAGACGACCUAUGUGGACCGUUCCGGAAGUACCAGAACCUGGGAAACCGUGAAAAGGACGACGAGGCAAACCAACCCAAGUGCAGAUGCUGUUGGAAUCAUCGCCCUGCUGAAGCGCACGCUCCAUAAGGACUGUGUUGUGAUGGUGAAGCAGUUUCGUCCUCCUAUGGGAAGCUACACUCUGGAGUUUCCUGCAGGGCUCAUUGACGAGGGGGAGAGUGCAGAGGUUGCUGCGCUGAGGGAGCUGAAAGAAGAGACCGGAUUCAGAGGAGAAGUAGUGGGAGUCACUCCAGUGACCUGUCUGGACCCCGGCCUGUCUAACUGCACCACCCAGAUCGUCAUGGUGAACAUCAACGGAGAUGAAGGAGAGAACAUCAACCCAACACAGCAGCUCGGUGAUGGAGAAUUUGUCGAAGUCGUUCUGCUACCUCUUGAUGAAUUCCAGUCAAAAAUAGAUGUUCUUCUGAAGAAAGAAGACAUCGUGGUGGACAGUAAAGUGUACAUGUUUGCCAUGGGGAUGUCCCAGGCCUUCUUCAAGCCCAUGGAGCUUCCUGUCCUGAAGCAGUAAUAGAACAAGAGAAGAAGAAAUAGUAUUUUUCUGUUUCAUAGGGCUCCUGCACGGGACUGGGAAAUCAGCAUUGAAAUUCCAAAAAUUAUAUAGGAAAGUUGUUGUUGCAUUGGGGUUUGAGACACCAUGCAAUCAGUAUUUUAAUAUUUGUUUCUUUAAAGACAAAAAUGUAAUAAUGAUAUGUAGAAAGUGACCCUAUGAAAGAGCCCUAACAUGUAGGGGACCACUGUUUGAUCUCAGAAUGGAGCUACUACCAUUCAUCUUAAAAACUGAAACGUAUUCUGCCGGCCAAUCGUUCAUCGUUGCACACUUAACUCAGAAUAUGUUUAAGCCUCCAAUGCCUUACUUGACAGUCAUUUAACAGUCAUUUCCAGGUUGGUAUGAGAUUAAAUGUAGGUUGAGAAGCAGUUUGUUGUAAUUUUAGUUGAGUGAUUGUCAAACAUUCCUAAAAUACUGCUUUUCAAUGGAAGAAACAAAUAACCUGUUAAAUAUGACUGUUGUUGAAGUACUAUGUAAUUAUUGCUUCAUUUAAUUCCCUUUUUUUUGUUCUCUCGGAUAACUUCAAGCAAGCAUUUUGUCUGAAAGCAUGCUAAGAACUGAUGAAACUCUCUAACUUUAGAAGAAGUAAACGAGUUAUUACUUACAAAAUAACUAAUGCAUUGUUACAUUUAGUAUUUGAUUGAUAUAUUAACAGCCUUUGAACAAUGGGAGGGGUUUCUUCUGUGUAACUGUACUAUGUUGGAACAAAAAUAUGCUGUUAACGCAGAAACUGACUAAUGAAUAAGAAAUGAACCUACCUUGUGGUGUUGUUGGAUAUUGAUGCUGUACUUACCCUAGCAACUGCAAAUGAUUGACCAAUAAAUAAAGAUCGCACUACUUUUUCUAAAA